AUGAAGAUCUCUCCUACUCUCUUUGGCGCGUUUUUGCUUGCCAAAAACGCCAUAUCGCAGCCAGUUGACGGACAGGAUCCAGUUGCGAAGUGGGUCGAUGCUCCCCUCAACAGUUAUGAUAUCCCGUCUUCAAAGGGCCGUUCUGUAAACCUCUUCUAUGCCGAUGGUUUUGCAUACUAUGGUGACUCGUCUGCUUGGACUGGCUCUGUCAUCACUAAUGUGACUUUUAGCUUCUCCGCCAACCCUGGAGCCUUGUCUGCCAAUGCAUUGACAGAUGGCGUGACAAUCCCCGACAACACCCUACUUUAUGUUAUCCCGAACGCCACGAGCCCGCAGCCGAUUGGUUUCACUGGUAGUAAAACAACACCCUCUGGCGCAGUAACUGACAGGUGGACAUUCUACGAGACCUAUGCCUCGUAUGAAGACAGUACCGGUCAACUUAACCAAUACUUCUACAUCAAGGAGACAGACGUGAAGGGAGUUUGGCAAGUGUAUUGGGAUAAUGCAGACGAAGUUAGCGGUUAUACAAGGAUUACCGUUCGUAAUCACGCCCCUUAUUGA